AUGGCAGGCGUGACGGCAGGCGGCAGCGAGGAGCCCUCCAGCAUGGAGCUUUACCCUACGUUAAUGAUCGUCCUGGGUGUAGUGGGUGGCACGCUAGUGGUGUUGAUAGUGAUCAUUGUGAUGAUGGUGGUGCGACAACCAUGGAGGGAGACAACCCAGGGCCGGCUCAAUCACGACGACUCCCACAUACACAAGAAGGACGACAAAAGCCGUGAUUGUGUUGACGUCGACGAGAAGGAUCCGGAUGUUAUACCGGAUACCAGAGGAGGUUGCGUGGAUUCAAUGGACCGCAGAGGAGUUGCUAAUGUCUCCAUGAUAUACGGGGAGAUAGUUGGUCAUAGUAGUCCGGAGACUUCCCAUGACCCUGCCGAAACGCCUCAUAUCCUCACUGGCUCCUGCGUAGACUCUAACCACGUCACACACGCCACCCACGCCCACGCAAAACAAGCCCACAUCCACGUCAAACCCAAGCCCAGUACCCAACAGUCGCAAUAUAUCCAGCGAGAAUAUUCCUCUCCAGUCCCGGUCGAGUUGCAGCACUCGACUACCUUCCACCACAUGCUCUCAACUGCAACCUCCAUCCCAGAGCCCAUGUACACCCACGCCCAUGCUAUGCCUAUCUCCCAUACCCAAACUAUGCCCCACCCACGCACCAGCCGAGCGAGAAGCCACAACCACUCAACAACCCUCAAGCGACGAAGCAGUUUGUACAUGGAUCCUAUGAGUAUAUCCCUGGCUCCGCCCAUUGCUCCGCCCCCAGCAUACGAUACCCCGACACCGUCUCUCACCCCUGAUGUUAUGACUGUGGUUGCCAUGGUAGCGGAAACUGUCAGCAUCACUCCUCACACCUCUCUUCACUCCUACACAUGUCCGCCCGACCUGUACCAGCCCAAGCCCUUCCCUACAACCUUCAGCAGUGAUCGCUUGGAGAGUGCAGUGUGA